GAUGUAAUUUGAGUUUAUUUUGAAAAUCUCUUUUGUACAUAGAGGUCUUCUUGAAAUUUCAUUGUCAAUCUCUUGAUCACUAUCCGCCACCAAAACCCAAAACUUCUUGACCUCUGAAUUCCCUUGAUUCCGCCACAAAAUUUCAUUGACCGCCGACUCAGAGGCAGCUCCCAAAAUCCUACCACUCUGAAACGCAUCUGCACAGAUAGUAUUGUUAGGCCCGGAUGAAGGACAAACUCACAGAUGCGAAUUUUCCGCGGACGGCAGAUAACCGCGUAUACCACCUAGGACUCAGACCUGGAGAGAUUGCCAAUAAAAUAAUCACAGUCGGAUCGCCUUCAAGGGCACUCACUAUCGCAGCCCAUCUCGAUGAAGAACCAAAGAAAUUUCGAAUUGAGAGUGAAAGAGGGUUUCAAACUAUAACCGGGAGAUACAAAGGUACUCCGGUUUCUGUGAUCUCAAUCGGUAUGGGUGCUCCGAACAUGGAUUUCUUCGUACGAGAGGCGAGAGAAAGUAUCACUGGUGACAUGGUUAUCAUUCGCCUGGGUUCCUGUGGCUCGCUCACUCAUACAUCUGCUCCCGUCGGCACCGUAGUUGUGCCAAAAGCAUGUGUUGGUAUUACAAGGAACGUUGACUUCGAUUUUGGGAGACCUGAGGAUGAACAAAUGAACGAAGAAAGGGCAUAUAGAAUCAGCAAACCAGUAUCAGACGACCCUCAACUCCACCAAAUUGUUGUUAAAUCCCUUGAGAACGCGCGCCCGGUUGGCGAUCAAACGGUAGUGGCGGGCCAUCUAGUUAAUGCCAGUGCUGAUAGCUUCUACUCUUCCCAAGGGCGUUUGACCUCUUUUCCAGAUCAUAAUACUCACCUAGUAGAGGAGCUUUUGCAACAGGUAGACGACUUGGGUACACUUGAAAUGGAAACUCAUCAUCUCUAUCACCUCGCGAAGUGUUGGAACCACCGACCGAAAAUUUCUAGUAGUAGAAGUAACAACUUGAAUCACACUGCGCCACCUUUAACCACGGGUCCUGUCCGACCCGUCACCCUGGACUCUUCUCCAUCUAGAGUGAACUUAGGCUCCCCAAGUGCCUCUGCCCCGCUUGUCACUGUGGACUCAAAAAUCUAUGUUUCCGCUGCUCAAAUGGUGUUUGCAGCCCGCACUUCCGUAGAACGGGAUUUCAUCACCCCCGAAAGGGUUCAAGCCAUUGAGGAAUGGGGCGGCAAGGGCGUACUAGAGGCGUUGAUAGCCUAUGUCAUUCCAGCUGAACGCCUUCAUCCGGAGAAAGGAAGCGUCUGGUCUUUGAAGGAUGUUUAGCUCGAACCAGGCUCAAACAUUCAUACUUGUAAUUGGUGCUCUGACUAUAUAUAGAAUCUUCAUCCUCUGUAUGCAUGCUGGUAAUCGAGUUGUUAGUUGUUGUUUUGAGCAUAUAUGACAUUUUGAACAUUUUAUGUAAAUAGGAAGAUGGUGCCGCGUCUUUGAAACAACAACACUAUAGUUCAGUUUGAAUGAGGACGGGCAGGGACGGGCAUAAUCUUGUAGCGGUAUGGUA